GCUUGUUUGGGGCGUGCAUUGAUGCAGGUUCAUUCCAUAACAUUCUCUGUAUCACAAUGGCGCCGGUUGGGUGUGUGCGAUUUGCUUCAUGGUUAACAUGUCUUCUUGCAGUCUUGCAGUUGAAUAGCUGCUACGGUCAGGCACCCUAUAGUGUACGACUUGUGAAUGGUACAUCGCCCGGUGAAGGAAGAGUAGAGGUUUUGUACAAAGGCCAAUGGAACACCAUCUGUGAUGAUUUCUGGAAUCUUGAAGAAGCACAGGUUGUAUGUCGUCAGCUUGGCUAUGGCACCGAUUUUGUCGUAGCUAGGGGAUCUGCCUACUAUGGUGAAGGAUCAGGACCGAUUCGACAAGCCCAGUGCUCUGGUCUGGAGUCUAACUUGGGCUCCUGUUCUCUGACUUCAGGGGAUUCCGAAUGUAGCCAUAGUGAGGAUGCAGGAGUAAAUUGUGAGGAAACCUAUAGUGUACGACUUGUGGAUGGUCAAUCGCCCAGUGAAGGAAGAGUAGAGAUUUUGUACAAUGGCCAAUGGAACACUAUCUGUGAUGAUUACUGGAGUCUUGAAGAAGCACAGGUUGUUUGUCGUCAGCUCGGCUAUGAUACUGAUAAUGCAACACCAAAGAAUUUAGCCUACUAUGGUCAAGGUUCAGGACCGAUUCUACUAGCCGAGUGCUCCGGUUUCGAGAAUACCUUGAAUUCCUGUGCUCUGUAUAAAUUGGAUUACGUCUGUAGCCAUAGUAUGGAUGCAGGAGUAAGAUGUGAGCUAGGAAUCUCUAAUGUAAGACUUGUGAAUGGUCCAUCGCCCAGUGAAGGAAGGGUAGAGAUUUGGUACAAUGGCCAAUGGAACACCAUCUGUGAUGAUUUCGGGAACCUUGAAGAAGCACAGGUUGUUUGUCGUCAGCUCGGCUAUGACACUGAUAAUGUAACACCAAUGAGUUCGGCCUACUAUGGGCAAGGAUCAGGACCAAUUCAAGGAGCCCGAUGUUAUGGUUGGGAGGAUACCUUGGAAUCCUGUACUCUGACCUCAGUGGAUUCCACAUGUGGCCAUUAUCAGGAUGGAGGAGUAAAAUGCGAGGAAACCUAUAGUGUACGACUUGUGAAUGGCCCAUCGCCCAGUGAAGGAAGAGUAGAGAUUUUGUACAAUGGCCAAUGGAACACUAUCUGUGAUGAUUACUGGCAUCUUGAAGAAGCACAGGUUGUUUGUCUUCAGCUUGGCUAUGCCACUUCGAAUGUAACACCAAAGAGUUUAGCCUACUAUGGUCAAGGUUCAGGAUCGAUUCUACAAGUCCAGUGCUCUGGUUUGGAGAAUACCUUGAAUUCAUGUAUUCUGUCUUCAGGGGAUUACGUCUGUAGCCAUAGUGAGGAUGCAGGAGUAAAAUGUGAGGCACCAUAUAGUGUACGACUUGUGAAUGGUCCAUCGCCCAAUGAAGGAAGAAUAGAGAUUUUGUACAAUGACGAAUGGAACACCAUCUGUGAUGAUUACUGGAAUCUUGAAGAAGCAGAGGUUGUUUGUCGUCAGCUUGGCUAUAGCACCGAUAAUGUCGUGGCAAGGAGUUCGGCCUACUAUGGACAAGGUUCAGGACCGAUUCAACAAGUCCGGUGCUCUGGUUGGGAGGAAACCUUGGAAUCCUGUACUCUGACCUCAGGGGAUUCCUUAUGUCGCCAUUAUGAGGAUGCAGGAGUAAGAUGCGGAAGCGACAUUUUCACAACCUAUGAUCCAUUUCAAUGGCCAACGACAACCACAGGUGAUGAAAUCUAUAACAUACGGCUCAUGAACGGUCCAUCGCCCAGAGAAGGAAGAGUAGAGAUGUUUUACAAUGGCCGAUGGAACACCAUCUGUGAUGAUUCCUUUAAUCUUGAAGAAGCGCAGGUUGUUUGUCGUCAGCUUGGCUAUGACACUGAUAAUGUAACACCAAGGGGUUCAGCCUACUAUGGUGAAGGAUCUGGAUCGAUUCGACUAGUCCAGUGCUCUGGUUGGGAGUAUACCUUGGGUUCCUGUUCUCUGACUUCAGGGGAUUCCGUAUGUAGACAUUAUGAGGAUGCCGGAGUAAGAUGCGGAAGCGACAUUAUCACGGCAAUUCCAUGGCAACCGACAACCACAAGCGAUGGAAUCUAUAACGUACGGCUCAUGGACGGUCAAUCGCCCAGAGAGGGAAGAGUAGAGAUGUUUUACAAUGGCCGAUGGAACACAAUCUGUGAUGAUUACUGGAAUCUUGAAGAAGCACAGGUUGCUUGUCGUCAGCUUGGCUAUAGCACUGAUAAUGUUGUACCAAGGAGUUAUGCCUACUAUGGUGAAGGUUCAGGACCGAUUCAACAAGUUCAAUGCUACGGUUGGGAGUAUACCUUGGAUCACUGUACUCUGUCUUCAGGGGAUUCCGUAUGCAGCCAUAGUGAGGAUGCAGGAGUAGAAUGUGUACCAACAUAUUCAACAUCAUCCCGGGUAAUCGGUAUGAUGUCAUUUGUCGGAGUCUCCUUGUUUAUUCUGACCCUCAUUGCCAUGGUUGCCGUUUUGUACACCUGCAGAAAACGGCAAAAGCCUACUCCAGUUACGGUAGUGCUUUAGCCAAUGUCUACCGCUUCCGCUACGCCUCCACCUGCAACAGAAUCCUCUAUGACUGCUCCCCUCCAGGUCAACCUGCCCGCAUAAAGAUCCCCUCUUGAUGAAAGAUACUGGAACCGAAAAUGCUUUAAAGCACGACUGCUCUAAAUACCAAGUGGCAUUUGCCCUUACAGACAUUUCUAAUUUUGUCUCUAUUAUGUGCUUAUUUUUUGUUAUUGUAUUCUAUGCUUUUCCUUCACAAAUUAAUCUUUAGUUGCUCUGUUUUCCUCUUUUUCUUGUAAUGUUUUCUCUUUUCUUAUCCCUCAUUUUUCUAUAACCAGUGUUAAACCUUUUUCAUAUUCACAUUUUUAAUUGACACCGGCCUAUUUACGUCACUCUCUCUUUCUCUCUCUGCCCUUUCACUCAUUUUUAUUUCUGUGGGGGUCUCGCUUUGUUUCUCUCUUUUUCUCUUUAUAUCCCUCUUCUUCUACCUUCCUCCUUGUUUUCUGUUCUUAUAUUUUGAAAAACAACUAAUUUUGUUAAAUAGAUCGGAUGACGAUGGUUCGUGAAAGUAAUACCAACCAUCUUUAAAUUAAGACUGAAAUAUUAUAGUAAUAAGGAGGCAUUUCCAAGCAUAACCGAAAGAUUUCCACAAAGAUUUUUAAAUUUUUAAAUAAGAAUAUUAUUUUCAUCGCAAUAGAUAUCUGUUUAAAAAAUGUACAAUGUGUAAACUAAUUUGAUGUCCUUGCACAACCGUUGAGUUCCCUAUCAAUCAAAAUUAUAGAAUAUUUAAUUUCAUAUGAUAUGUACAAAGACACAAACAGGAGAAAAGGAACUUGACUUUUCAUCCGGGAUAACCAUCGCCCACACUCUUAGUUUUAAUAUAAAUGUCUUCGAGAUUGCCAUGACAAGCUGUAGCGUGGAAGCCUUGCCAUGUCAUCACUCAUGGCAGUCUGUUUGGAAAUAUGACGAAAUAAACAAAAAUCAAAUAUUAGGUUUGAAACAUUUUAACGCCACUUCGGACGUAUAUAUUUAUGACAUUCAAUGUAAUAAGUUGUGUCUAUUAUUGUCAAUCCAUCUAAUGAUAUAAAAUUCAUACAAACUCAUGUUUUUCAAGGGAAUUCGAUAUAAUCUUCCCAGAUAUAAUUUUUUUUUCUACAGACUGUCUAAUGAUUUUUAUGAAGUGUUUUCAUAUUUUUCUGUAAAAUUUCAAGCUAGAUAUGUAUGACCAUGUACUCAUUGUUCCAAAUAAUAUGGAGACAAAAGCUAGGUUCAGCCCUUUAAUAUCUUGCAGGUUAUAUAGUCCCCCAUAGAAACUUUUUAUGAAAUAAUGAAAACUCAAAUUUGUUCCCGUUUUUUAAGGGCCACACUUUUCGUACAUAACCAAAGUGUCUAAUCAGUCAAAUAUAAGAAGAUUUUAUCUUGCGCAGGAGGGAGUGAUAUUUUUCCUAAGAGUUGCUCUAUGUCCAUGUUUUCUUUAAAAUGGUGUAAAAGGACUGUAAAUAAUUAGGGAUAAUGAUCCAGUGGGAAAUGUGAGCCCUCCUAUUAAAAACAAACAACUUUUAACUUUUGUAUUCAAUUAUAUUUGCCUUUACCCUCCACAUGUCUUCGAUGACAAAUUGGAAAACUGCCUCCAAAAGAAUCAAAAGUAACACAUGUCAGUACGUAUUGUUACGCUAGGCCAUCGCUUGAAUUAAUUCUUUUAGAUUGUGAAUUAUCAUGGAAAGCGCGUGAUAGAAUGAUACGAUUGCCGUAGUAAAUAACAGUAAUAUUUGAAUAAAAGUGCGCUUAAUGCUUUUCCUAUUAUUUCUUCUCAUAUGAUUAUAUUCUAUAUGUAGAAUUUCGGGAUUAGUAUCCGUUACAUUAUAUCUUUCUGCAUAGUUUUAUAUUACUCGAUAAAUGCUGGCUUUCAAUAAAAGUA